UGCAGUUUUUGAAGUAUUAGUUGGCAACACUGUUUAAGGUAAACAAACAUAGUAGCCGCUUUGGUUACGAUUGUGGUUAUGACAGUAUUUUUGUAUUUAUAAAUGUAGGUUUAUUAAAAGCUUACAUGAGUAUUUAGUUUACAGCAUCUUUUGAUUGUUUUUAACAUCAUCUGUCAAAACUACAAGCAACAUUGUCUGAUUUCAGUAAAUUCAAUAUAAUGGCAAAUUCAGGCAGUAACAGUUUCUUGAAAGGACUUGCUGCUAAAGUAGCUAAGAAAAGAAAAUUAAAAACAAAUGAGCAGUUGAAGAAAGAGAUAGAAGAAUUAGACCCAAUUGAUGAAGAUGAUGAACCAGCCGCGAGGAAGGAGAGAACAAGAACGUACAGGCUCUGCCCGUACCUCGACACCAUCAACCGCCAGGUGCUGGACUUUGACUUUGAGAAGCUGUGCUCUGUUUCCUUGUCGAGGAUCAAUGUAUACGCGUGUCUCGUGUGCGGCAAGUACUUCCAAGGAAGAGGAAAUAACACACAUGCGUACACACACAGUGUAGCAGAAAGUCAUCAUGUGUUCCUCAACUUGCUUACGUUGCGAUUUUACUGCCUCCCAGAUAACUAUGAGAUUAUAGAUUCAUCCCUGGAUGACAUAAAGUACGUGCUGAACCCCACCUUCACUUCGGAGCAGAUCCAGAUGAUGGAUUCCAGCGACAAGCUGUCUCGUGCGAUUGACGGGACCAUGUACCUUCCUGGCAUCGUGGGGCUCAACAAUAUCAAGGCAAACGACUACUGCAAUGUGAUCCUACAGGCACUUUCUCACGUGACCCCGCUGCGCGAUUACUUCCUGCGAGAGAUCAACUACGCGCGCGUGAAGCGCCCGCCCGGCGACAGCUCGUUCCUCCUGGUGCAGCGCUUCGGGGAGCUGAUGCGCAAGCUGUGGAACCCUCGCAACUUCAAGGCGCACGUCUCGCCGCACGAGAUGCUCCAGGCCGUGGUGCUGUGGAGCAGGAAGAAGUUCCAGUUCACCGAGCAAGGAGACCCGGUGGAGUUCCUGUCGUGGUUCCUGAACGCGCUUCACCUGGCCCUGAACGGCUCCAAGAAGCCGGGCUCCAGCAUCGUGUACCGCGCGUUCCUGGGCCACAUGCGCAUCUACACGCGCAAGAUCCCGCCCAUCGAGCUGGAGGACCAGCAGAAGGCCGCCCUGCUGCGGAUGGACGAGUACCAGGAGAGCAUGGCGGAGUCCCCCUUCCUCUACCUCACGUGCGACCUGCCGCCGCCGCCCCUCUUCAAGGACGAGUUCCGCGAGAACAUCAUCCCGCAGGUCAACCUGUAUACUCUUCUUCAAAAGUUCAAUGGUCAAGCAGAGAAAGAGUACAAAACCUAUAAGGAAAAUUUCAUGAAGAGGUUUGAAAUCAUCAAACUUCCACCAUAUUUGAUUCUCUAUGUUAAGAGAUUUACGAAAAAUACAUUCUUCACCGAAAAGAAUCCUACGAUUGUGAACUUUCCAGUCAAAAAUGUAGAUUUUGGUGACAUUCUCACGCCAAGAAUAAAGGAGCAGCACAAGAACACUACUUACGACCUCGUGGCCAACAUUGUUCACGACGGAGAGCCGAUGAAGGGGACUUACAGAGUGCAUGUUCUCCAUAAAGGCAGUGGCAAGUGGUACGAGAUGCAGGAUCUUCAUGUGACGGACAUCCUUCCACAGAUGAUCACCCUCACUGAGGCAUACAUACAGAUAUACGAAUUGCGAACAUCAAGUUGAGGUAUCAGAUAAAGUUUUGUUGUGGAAACAUUGCUGAUAUUUUUACAUUAAUGUGUAUAGAUUUAAAUAUGUCUUCAUUAAAUACAUUUUUUGAGUA